CUAUUUUUCAUAUUUAUGCAAUUUAAACUACACUGUAGCAGUUUGAAUAAAAAAUCUGAUCCAAAAGCAACUGGAUAUGAUUGUGCUAUAGAGUUAUUGAAAAAUUUACAAAAAAUGCCAUCAUUAGCAACAUUGAUGAAAGAAACGCUUUAUGUACUGGACUAUUUGCAUACUGAUCCAUGGAAAGAUGCGAAAAAGGAUAAUUUUAUUUUAAAAAAAUUGUUAUUAAUUUUAGAAAAUUUUAACGAAAAGAUAAGAAACUAUCUUCCUUUGAAAAAUGAUUCAAAAGUUACUAAAAAUUUUUUUGAAUUUAUUCAAACAUAUUUUAUUCGAAAUAAUACUGACAUUAAAUAUUAUUGUUUUACGGUUUGUCAAUUUGUAUCAAUUGAUACAGAAUUUCUAUGGCUAAAUAUGAUUAAAGAAUAUAACUACAUAACUAAUAAUGACAAUACUUUGCAGUUUUAUGAUUAUCUCAGUCAAAAAGUCAAUUUAAUAUUUAAUUCUAUAAUUAUAAAUAAAUUUCAUAAACUGGGGUUUCAGCAUGACCCAAAUACUCUACAAAUUGGAAUACCACUACCAAAUAAGUAUAUAACAGUCGAUUUACAAUUUUAUACAAGACCUAACGAGACUUCUACAACAAUUGAAACCGUGUCACAAAGAAAUGGAAAACUAAAUCCCAAUUAUUUAUAAUGAUCAUGUUUUAAU